CUCUUUCUAUGGCAAGGGGUCUUUUAUUUUCUCUUCCCAAAAAUUCUACCCACAAAAACCACAGAAGCAAACCCUCCGUUUCCCCUCUCUAAUCGGCGCCUGUGUCAUCACCGGCUGACAUUUCCUCAAUCGAUGUCAAUGAGUACGAUGUAGAUCUCUAGCAACCUGGGCACAGUCGAGCUCGAAUUGCACAACAAGAAUGGAAAGAUCUCCGCGAGCGAGUAUUCAGCAAUCGAGAGAUAUCCGAUCCAAUCGAUGUCUUUUCCUCCAAUCAACCGUGACUAAGGAGUAAGCUGCUGGCACGAUUGUCCCGACGUUGCGAUUACGGUGCCAUCGUGGCUGAAAUUGGGAGGAGACAAGACCGAGGUAGAAGUCGGGUGCUAGAGAGUUUUCUCCCUCCCGCAUAUUUUGCGUACGUAUGUCCAUGGAGGUGUCGAUUGAUUGGUCUUCUCUUUUACCCGAUCUGUUGUCAGAGAUCGCCAUUCGCAUACAUUGCGCGGAUGAUUUCAUGGCUUUCCGAGGUGUUUGUACUUCUUGGCGAGCCGUGGCCACCAAAGACAAGUUCGUCCCGUCAUGGCCGCCAAUAGUUCCACUGCUUAUGCUUCCAGGACACGAAAACGCCAACCACGAACGCGAAUUCUACAGUAUAUCACAGAGAAGUACUAGCCUGAGGUUAUCUCUGCCGGAAGCAAAGGGUAAACGAUGCAUCGGAGUAAGAUUCGGAUGGGUACUUACCAUCGCGAAUUCUGGAGAGAUAACUUUGUUGAAUCCUUUCUCUCGUGAGUGCAUGAUCCUACCCAGACUUAAACGUUUCCCAAAGUACAAAGGUUACCGGACUGAUCCUUUUUGUUUCUUCAUAAAACAAGCAGUACUUUCACAUAAUCCAUCCAAUGGGUCGGAUUUUACGCUAAUGACAAUUGCCUACGGGAGUAGAUUUUUAGCUUUCUGGAGGCCCGGAAAUCCAGAAUGGACCAGGAUACCACGAUCAACUAGAUGUACAUUCAGGCAUGUCAAUUACUAUAAAGGAAAGUUCUAUGCAAUCACGGCUCAAGGAGCUAUCAUGGCUUGGAAUGAUGAUGAUCAAUCUUCGUUGCCGAAGUUUGCCGUUGGCAUUUUCUCCAUAGCUGACGAAUCGUCCUGGAUCCAUAAGCAAGUAUAUUUAGUGAAAUCAUCAUCAGGGGAGUUGCGGGUGGUUUUACGAGUAGAGGAUGGUCAUGAAGACGGAAGCGAUGAUUAUCUUCCCAUUAAGUACUACUAUACUACAAGAUUCAAGGUGUACCAUUUGGAUAUAGUGCAACAUGAGUGGAAGGAGAUUUCUAGUUUGGGAGGGGAUGCGGUGUUUAUUGGGUCCAAUGCGGCGAUUUCUAUCUCAAUGGCAGAGGCAGAAUUGAGCGGAAUUCAGUCGAACUGUAUAUAUUUUACCGACGAUUUUCUGGAAGCAUGUGAACCAGAAGCAAGAAUGCGUGGGAAGGAUAUGGGAAUCUACAAUGUUGAAGAUGGAAAUGUCGAACGUUUUCAUGGUAUUGAAGGCGAUUCCGUCACAAGUUUAAUCUGCCCAUCCUUUUGGAUUUCUCAGGGCGAUAAGGAUUAGAAUAUAACUAUGGAUAUACUAGUUCAGUUCUUAUUAAGUUCUCUCUUUCUUUUUUUUUUUUUCUAUUAUUCUGAUUCAUUUUCCCUCUAUGAUAUAGCAUUCAUUUGAAACUAUGUAAAGUAUUUUGUUUUUAAGUACAAUUUUUAUAUCUAAUGUUCCUCUCAAGCUACUGUUACAUUUCCAGAAUAUAUAUGAGUUGUCA